AUGAAUUAUACAAGUUCUCUCUUAGCUCUUCAGCUUUGCAUCAUUUUGGGGUCUUCUGGCUGUUUUGGCCAGGCCACCGUUUUGAGAGAGAUUCAGAACCUAAAAGAAUAUUUUAACGCAAGUGAUGCGGACGUCGCUGAUGGGAAGCCUCUUUUCUCGGACAUCUUGAGGAACUGGAGCCAUGAGACUGACAGAAAGGUGAUUCAGAGCCAGAUCGUGUCCUUCUACUUGAAAAUGUUUGAACACUUUGAAGGCAACCAGCUCAUCCGAAAGAGCAUGAAAACCAUCAAGGAAGAGCUCUUUGUGAAUUUCUUCAAUAGCAGCAGCACCAAACAAGAAGACUUCCUAAGGCUGAUUAAAACUCCGGUGAAUGAUCAGAAAGUUCAGCGCAAAGCGAUAAAUGAGCUCCUCAGAGUCAUAAAUGACCUUUCACCCCCAUCUUUCACACUAAGGAAGCGCAAGAGGAGCCAGGGUCUGUUCCAAGCCCGGAGAGCAUCAGCAUACCGGAGAGCAUCAGAAUAA